GUGACUCUAAUCUCAGUCUCUGGGAACCAGGAAGCAUGCAUCUCUCCUUACUUCAGUUGCUUGUUCUCUUGCCUCUGGGGAAGGCAGACCUAUGUGUGGAUGGCUGCCAGAGUCGGGGCUCUUCAUCCUUUCCGCUCCUAGAAAGGGGUGGCAGAGAUCUCCACGUGGCCAACCACGAGGAGGCAGAAGACAAGCCGGAUCUGUUUGUGGCAGUGCCACACCUCAUGAGCACCACCCUGGCUGGGGAAGGUCAGAGGCAGAGAGGAAAGAUGCUGUCCAGGCUUGGAAGAUUCUGGAAGAAACCUGAGACCGCACUUUACCCCGCAUUGGAUGUGGAAAGCGAUCAUGUCUCAUCCGGGAUGCAGGCCGUCACUCAGCCAGCAGAUGGGAGGAAAGUGGAGAGAUCACCUCUGCAGGAGGAAGCCAAGAGGUUCUGGCAUCGGUUCAUGUUCAGAAAGGGCCCGGCUUUCCAGGGCGUCAUCCUGCCCAUCAAAAGCCACGAAGUACACUGGGAGACCUGCAGGACAGUGCCUUUCAACCAGACCAUUGCCCAUGAAGACUGUCAAAAAGUCGUUGUCCAGAACAACCUUUGCUUUGGGAAAUGCAGUUCCAUUCGUUUUCCUGGGGAAGGGGCAGAUGCCCACAGCUUCUGCUCCCACUGCUCGCCCACCAAAUUCACCACCGUGCACUUGAGGCUGAACUGCACCAGCCCAACCCCCGUGGUCAAGAUGGUGAUGCAAGUGGAAGAGUGUCAGUGCAUGGUGAAGACGGAACGUGGAGAGGAGCGCCCCCUACUGGCUGGUUCCCAGGGUUCCUCCAUCCCUGAACUUCCAGCUUCAAAAACAAACCCAUGAUUACCUCAACAGAAAACAAAACCUCAACAGGAUAAGUGAGGGUUGUUCAAUCUGGAAAUGUUAAGUGAGUU